AUGAGCAGCAAUCCAGGAACACCACCCUUCUCUCCCGGUCUCAACCCCGGCAUCCCCCGGAUCGACAUCCCCAGGCCCCCCGACCCGCAGCUCGACCCUGUCGGAUACCUCAGGAGCUUGGGCGCUGUCCGCGAGCGCUGCAAGAUCGUCACCGAGAAGGCCCUGCGCAAUGAGCUCAACCACUUUGAUGUCGACAUGCACAAGUUUGACGAUGUAGUCACUUUUGUUGCCAACAUCAUCAAGAGAGACUAUGACGCCCCCUUCACAUCCAUUCCCGGCCACGGCCGUCACCAGCACUUCGCCAUCGGCGGGCGCGACCGCAUCGCUCACCUCCUGUCCACAUUCCCUGAGGAUGUUGACAACACGGAAAAGUGCAAGCGCAUGAUCGAUCUGUUCCUUGUCAGUGUAUUGCUGGACGCCGGUGCCGGCACCCAGUGGAGCUACAAGAGCAACGAGAAUGGCCGUAUCUAUAGGCGAUCUGAAGGCAUUGCCGUUGCUAGUUUGGAGAUGUUUAAGACCGGUCUGUUUUCUGGUAACAAGAACAACAAGUACCAGGUCGACAAGGAGGGCUUGGCGAAUCUAACCGUCGACAAGCUCGCCCAGGGGUUGCAGUCUGGACCGGGUAACGAGAUGGCUGGCAUCGAAGGCCGCGCUCAGCUCCUUAUUCGGUUGGGCCAGGCUUUGGAGGAGAAGACCGAGUUCUUCGGCGCGGACGGACGGCCUGGAAACAUGCUGGACCACAUUCUCGACCACCCCUCGACACAAGCGACCAACGGCUUGAUUGUUCCCCUUCCCGUCUUGUGGAACGUCCUCAUGAGCGGCCUUGCUCCUGUCUGGCCACCAUCGAGGACUGCCAUCAACGGCGUUUCUUUGGGCGACGCCUGGCCCUGCAGCUCCAUGCCUCAGCCGGCUCAGUCGCCAUCUAGUCCGACAUUUUCUCCUUUCCCCAACACCUCUGGCCAGUCCAACGGCGUCGCGCCUUGGGAAAGCAUUCUUCCCUUCCACAAGCUUACCCAGUGGCUUACCUACUCGCUCAUGCAGCCCAUGCAGAGCAUCAUGAAGAUCCAGUUUGCGGGCCAGGAGCUUCUUACUGGUCUUCCCGAGUAUCGCAACGGCGGUCUGUUCAUUGACCUCGGCGUCCUUACACUGAAGAAGGAGGAUAUGGACCGCGGCUUGGCGCAUUACACCUCGUACUGCGAUCGCACCGGCACUAAGGAGAACGAAGUGGCACCCAUGUUUGAGCCCAGUGAUGAUGUUAUUGUGGAGUGGAGAGGCGUCACUGUUGGUUUCCUCGACAAGCUUUGUGUUGAGGUCAACAAGGCCUUGGAAAAGGAGCUGCAGGGUAACGAGCUUACCCUUGCUCAAAUGCUAGAGGCUGGCAGCUGGAAGGGUGGCCGUGAAAUUGCCGAAGUCAGCCGACCAAACACUAAGGAACCGCCUAUCCUAAUCGAUAGUGACGGCACCGUAUUUUAGGAGAAACGGGACUCAGUCCUGAUAUGGAAUGCUUUGUUUUUUUGAAUCACACAAAUGGAAAGAAGAAGAAAACGAAAUCAAGUUCAGGAUUACUCUGGACUACAUACCGAAUAGCCUGACCACAAAAAACAAAGUCUUGGGGGUCAGUAUGUAUAUUGCCGAAUUGCUAUGUCGGGCAUGGUACGAGCCGGCAAAAGGUGUUAUGAUGUUACGAGAGGAACUUUGGCUGGGAAUCGUUCUGGUUGGGGUGGUUUAGUCUAGUUUGGUCUAGCAACUUGUUGUCCGCAUUGCCAUCGUCGUCUUCGAUGACUGCAUUACUGUUACCAUUAUUCUGGUUUUCGGUCAAUACCUGCCGCGCAUGAACCGGUUUGUAGUAUGCGUUUUGAUGCAGUACUGUAC